AUGGGGAGGGUGAAAUUUCGGCAGAAAAGCAACGCCUGCGGCUAUGGAUGGUUCCAGCGUGUCAAGGCUAAUGUCGUGCUCUUCCUCGAAUCGACAUCAAUCCGUGGUUGCAGCCGCAUCGUGCGCUCAGAAAACAAAAUUAUGCGCUGCAUGUGGGCGGCUUACCUCUGCUUCACCACGCUCUUCCUCUACUUCUCCAUCUUUAAGCUCGUCAACGAGUACAUGGAGUACGCCGUGAACAUCCAGACCUACAACAACAUGGACGCCCCCAUGGACUUCCCCACGGUGACCUUCUGCAACCACCAGCCGUUCUCCGCGCAGGCCUACCAGCUGUGGCGCAACAAGACCGUCAUAUCCCCCACGCGAUUUAAUGAACUGCUGCGCGGUAGAGCCGCUGAACUGCUGGAGAAGUCGAUAGAGAUUCCGAAGAAUGACAGUGAACGGGUUCGUCUGUUGAAUCCGGAGCUCCUGCUCGAGACUCUCAUUCAGGGGAUGGUGUACGACACACUCCCCCUGUACUACCAGAGUCUCCUUUGGCCGUGGCACUUGAAGCUCGGACACAGUCCGAAGGACCUGAUCGCCCUCUGCCUCUUCCGAUAUGGAGGCAGCUGGGCCGUGGCCGGUCCUGGGUGCGAGGACUCGGCUCUGCGAAUACGCAGACAGUCCGAUCCGAAAUUCUUCAACUGCUUCAGUAUCGAGGUGGUCAAGGAGUUUUCCCAACACGUGAAUGAGCUUGGCCUGAUCCUGUGGCUGGGUCCAGAUGAGAAUUUCGGCAAGGAAGAUCGCCAGGCGUUUCUGUUUGACCUCUUCGAGCAGGCCUAUGGUCUGCGUGUGUCUAUUCACGAACCCGGUCAAAUUGCAAAUCUAGAUCGGUACAGCUUCCAGGUCGCGCCCGGACGCAUGAACGAACUCACCUUCCAGACAGUCCAGAGCAUUCACAACAACAGACCAACCAAACCUUGCUUCCACAACCCGCGGCAAAAAUUUGCUGACCUAGACGAGCGCUUCGACUACCAAUUCGAGCUGUGUCUCAACACCCGCCUGCAGGAGAUGAUUGUGAAGAAAUGUGGAUGCAUGUUCGCCUACUACCCACGAAUACACCUGCCCAACAUCAGUCUCCCCUACUGUGGCCAGUUAAUUGACCAUUCAAUGAAGUUGUUGGACAAGGUCAUUGUAGACCGGCGCAAAGAAUGCGCGCAGAAGAUAGUUGGAAACGCCGCUGUGUACCGAAAGGACAUUGAAGACCGUGGAGUGUGCGUGAUACGUUGUGUUUCCACUGAUUACGAAAGUCAGGUGUCUGUGACUACAUGGCGACCCACUGGAUGGCAGCUGUACUGGAGUCAGAAGACGUCCAGCCUUUUUGACGCCGCAUUGAACGGUACCUUGAGGCCGGCGGAGGCCAGGUUAAUCCAGCACUUCCUCAAGGCUUCCAAUCUCACCGAGAUGGACGGUUCCAUGAACCCGAUUGUCUUCAACGAGCGCUACACUUACCUCAUUGUGAAACGUAAGUCAAACGACACCAUCGUUAGAGAGGAGAAUCUUGUGCUCACGGUGAACGCCCUGUUCAGUCGAAUCGGUGGUCUCUGCUCGCUGUACAUUGGCCUCACCCUGGCAGUGUUCAUGGAGAUCGUGGAAUUCAUUUACCUUGCCUGUCGAAAGCGAAAGCUGGCGCCAACUCAAGCCGCCGAAGAUCCCACCGAGGAAAUCGACAGUCCGCCACAGGCACCAGCUGUGGAGAAUCACGUGCAAAAGAGGUGA